AAUCACCCCGCGCCCUUCAAUCCAAUACCCCGCGACCCUCAGAUUCCUUUCGUCAGCAACCGGCAAAAUGGCAGACCGCGUCCACCGAAUUACCAUGUUUAAGCUCCCAAGCGAGGAGAGCCAGAAGACGCUUGUUGGACUGUAUCAGACCCUCAAGGAGAACAACAGCAAGGACGGCAAGCCCUACAUCCUCUCCGUGGCCGCUGGUCCCGCCGAGCCCGACCAGCGCUCCCAGGGCUUCACCUUCGUUGCAAAGUCCGAGUUUGCCAGCCUCGAGGACAUGAAGUACUACGACGAGGAGUGUCCCGCGCACCAGGCCCUCAAGAAGACAGCCAUGACUCUCGGUGUUGAGGGCAUCAUGACCGUCUACUUCAAGCCCCAGGUCGUCGGAGGUGUUGCGCCCUGAAAAGCCGUUCCUCUUUGAUGGGGCCGGGACAAUGUGCAAGUAAGCGCUUGCAUUGAGUUGAAAUAGAUGCCCACUUUAGAAGAAGAAAUAAAGUAAACUCAGCAAAACUUUAUUGUCCUGGCAUAAGCCUUGCUCCAUAGUGAUUAGAAUGGCCGUUAUACU